AUCCCGCAACUCGGGCUGACAUGAAAUGUUUUUCCACUUUCUCCCUCAGGAUGCGGCCUUUCUGGUCCGUGAGCACAUAAGUCGGUGAGGAUAUUCUUUAUUCACACUCACGUUUAGUGAUAUACAAUGAAGCUGACACGGAAAUUGGUUCUUGCAAAGGCCAAGGCCUCCGACUUGGAGAGCGUGAGGAAGCUGAACUGCUGGGGAUGCAAGCUGACAGACAUUUCUAUCUUCUCUCAGAUGCCCAACAUUGAGGUGCUGACACUGAGUGUAAACAGCAUCUCAUCGCUUGCUCCUCUGUCCGGCUGUCUGUGUCUGAGUGAGUUGUACCUACGGAGGAACACGAUCCCAUCUCUGUCCGAACUGUCCCAUCUGCGCCGGCUGAGCCGUCUCAGAGUGCUCUGGUUGGCUGAGAACCCCUGCUGUGGGACCGACCCCAGCCGGUAUCGACUCACUGUGCUGCGCUGCCUGCCUCGACUGCAGAAGCUCGACAAUCAGGUAGUGACAGAGGAUGAACUUGCCCUGGCUCUCGUGGAGGGUGAAGAGGUCACCACGCCACCAGGGAGUUUCCAAAACCAGCUCCCCACCAACGGUCUGGCAGAAACGGAGACCGAGGUCGAUCCGCUCAACUACAACAUGCAGGAAACCAACAAAAUCAGAGAAGAGUUGGGAAUGAAGCCCCUCCCCAGAGACAAGUUCUCUCCUUCCUCUCCAUCAACCAGAGAACAGAAAUCAAUCAAGAGACACACUCUGGAUGCAGUGCUGCUGCUGCUGAGGGAUUUGGAUGAGGACGAGCUUCACAUUGUGCACACGGCGACACAGAACAGACUUCAGAUCUACACACUGGACUCACAAACGCUACAGGAUUCAACGCCAACGCAGAAAACCGUCGACAUUCAGCCCUGAUGUGUCUCCGCAAUCAGUGCGAAGAUUUUACUUCAGUUCACUUGCAUCACCCAUGUCACAUUUUUCCACUUCACCUCUUUUAUUGUGAUUUGCAUUCUAUUAUGUUUUUUUCUACCAAGAUGUCCUCAAAAUAAUUUUUUUUUUUU